AUGGCGUCUAAAAAGUCGCAGAAAGCUGCUAGUGUAGAACGUGAUGACUCGGCGGCGAAGCGGGGCAAGGCCGAGGGACGGUAUGAGUACAUGGGCGAGCGGUGGCUCCAGAGGCCGGCACCGGAUUCCAACCUGAAAUACAAGUACUAUGGAUACAUGGUGACGGCGAUUGCGUUUGCGGUUCGGUUUCACAAGCUGUACCAUCCUAGCGAGGUGGUGUUUGACGAGGUGCACUUUGGUAAGUUUGCGUCGUACUACCUGGAGCGCACGUACUUCUUCGACGUGCACCCGCCGUUCUCUAAGAUGUUGAUUGCAUUUGUGGGCUGGCUGGUGGGGUAUGACGGGGCGUUCAAGUUUGACGACAUCGGAUACAGCUACGAGACGCACCAAGUCCCCUACAUUGCGUACAGGUCUCUGAGCGCGAUCCUGGGGACGCUGACUGUGCCGCUGGUGUUCAGCAUUCUGCGAGAGCUGAAUUUCAAGGCGAUUACAUGCGCUUUUGGUGCAUUGUUAGUGGCCGUUGACAACGCACAUGUGAUCGAUUCGAGAUUGAUUUUGCUUGAUGCGACGCUAGUGAUCUCAGUUGCGUUGUCGAUAUACACCUAUAUCCGCUUCUACAAGGCACAACUGCGCGCUCCAUUGUCCUCUGAGUGGUACUUCUGGCUUUACGCCACCGGUUUGUCGCUGUCGUUCGUGAUCUCCACGAAAUACGUUGGUGUGUUCACCUUUGCCAUGAUUGGUACCGCCGUAAUCGUUAAUCUGUGGCAGCUGCUCGACGUGAGAGCAGGGUUGUCACUUCGUAUGUUCUUCAGGCACUUCGUUCAGCGGUUUAACGGCUUGGUUUGUUUCCCAUUUGCGGUAUACCUCUUCUGGUUCUACGUUCAUUUCGCCAUCCUAACCAAGUCUGGUCCCGGUGACGACUUUAUGUCUUCUGCGUUCCAAGAGACGCUCGCCGAUUCACCUCUUGCCAAGGACUCGAAGGAUGUCCAUUACUACGACAUUGUUACCUUCCAGCAUCGGGACACUGGUGCUCUGCUACACUCACACAACGCCUACUAUCCGCUGCGUUAUGAAGAUGGCCGCGUAUCUUCUCAGGGCCAACAGGUCACUGGCUACAGUCAUGAAGAUAUCAACAACCAGUGGGAGAUAUUACCUACAAAGGAGUUGUCGUCAAGGACCGGCCAGCCCGUUCUUCUAGAUGAUGUGCUACGACUAAGACAUAUCGCCACUGGUACAUAUCUAUUGACACAUGACGUUGCUUCCCCCUACUAUCCUACGAACGAAGAGGUUACGACGAUAUCUGAGGAGCUAGCAAAUGGAGAGCGCUACAAGCAGACGUUGUUCAAACUGCAGCCUCCAAAUAAAAAAGAUGGGGGCCAUACGGUCAAGAGUAAGACUUCGAUGUUCAGAAUGUUCCAUGUUGACACUGCAGUGGCUUUAUGGACCCAUAACGACGUCUUUUUGCCAGAAUGGGGAUUCAAGCAGCAGGAAGUUAACGGGAACAAGAAAGUGACCGAUCCAGCUAAUAUUUGGACUGUGAAUUCCAUCCUAAACUUGAGUGAAGAAAGAAAAGUCUACAUCCCUAAGAAAGUCACCAAAAUGCCUUUCUUCUCCAAGUGGCUGGAGUUGCAGCGUUCUAUGUUCGAACAUAACAAUAAGCUGUCUUCUGAACAUCCGUUUGCUUCACAACCGGAAUCCUGGCCAGGGUCUCUAUCAGGCGUAUCAUUCUGGACAAAUGACACCGAACGCCGGCAAAUAUAUUUCACGGGAAACAUCAUCGGAUGGUGGAUCGAACUAAUCUCCCUGGCUUUAUUCGUCGGUAUUCUCUUGGCUGAUGCCAUUACUAGACAGCGCAGCUUUUUCGUGUUGGGUAAACUGGCCAGAGAGAAGAUCUACGGGCCUCUGUGCUUCCUGUACAUCGGGUGGGCAAUCCACUAUUUCCCGUUCUUCCUAAUGGGCCGCCAGAAAUUCCUUCACCACUACCUGCCAGCUCACCUCAUUGCGGCCAUGUUUACCGCAGGGCUGUGGGAGGUGAUCUUCACCGACAAUAGAGCUUUAACGACCCGGAAGGAUGAGUCGGAGCCAGCUGCUCCUCACAACACGAACCCUAUUGUGUACGAGUACUUCCUUUUGGCGUUUUUAGGCUUACUGUCUAUCGCCGUUGUGGGAUUUUUCAUUUAUUUCAGCCCAAUUGUGUAUGGCGACAGGACGCUGACACCCGAGGAAGUUAUUAAGAGACAGUGGUUUGACAUAAAGCUACACUUUGCUAAAUGA